AAGUACAGUGACAACGAGAGAAUAACUAAAUGGAACACGCAUAUUAACAGCUUUAGAAAAAGAGCGGUUAUUAAAAUAUCUGCUCAGAAAAACAGAAUUGUUUCAAUCAGGUUUCAGAAUAACUUAGCCAAAACUUUUCAAAAAACUCCAAAUCUUGAAAAUGGAUAAGGUAAAUAAGGACGUUAUGAUAAUUUACUGUGAGCACUGAUAAGUAGUAAACUCCGAACUCUGAGUAUCCUCUGAUUUACACGACAGAACAGAAUUCCACUUAGGACGUCAAGGUUAAUGGACUUGACUAUUCCAAAGCAGUCCACCCUAGUUUCGACCAGAGCUGUGCAUCCAGUCUCUUCAGUGAAGUCAACCAGUGGUCACUCUUUAGGCCAACCUGUUACACCUUCUUCAUCUCGAACGUUUACGAGAAGCAACGACAAGAUGGUGCAUUUUUCACAGACUAUCGUUUCACCGAAGCAUCCAAGUGACGUUUCGUCUAGAGCGUAUGUUUCGCCAAAUAGAACUUCUUCACCUGCAUCGUCAGCGUUUCCACAUUUAACGACGUCAUCGAUAUUAACAGGCCACAACAGUCCAAUCUAUUUUAACUCUCGCUCUCAACGUGGAGAGACUCUAGCUCCAACACGUAAUUUUGCUACAGAAAUGACACCAUACAGUUUGCAACCUUAUGACUUUGUCCGACAUCUCCUAAUGUCCCAAAAUACAGUUUCGAAAAUACUAGGACGAUGUUACGAAACAGGAGCUUUGCGACAGGGUAUAGUGGGUGGAAGCAAACCAAAAGUGGCGACUCCCGAAGUUGUAGCGAAGAUUGAACAAUACAAGAGAGAAAAUCCAACAAUAUUUGCCUGGGAAAUAAGGGAGCGUCUUAUAUCAGAAGGUGUUUGCGUCAAUAACACAGCACCAAGUGUCAGUUCUAUUAAUCGAAUUCUAAGAAACAGAGCAGUUGAACGAGCUACAACUGAGUUUGCUAGAGCUGCAGGGUAUGGACUCUAUCAUCCUUACGCUACGAUGUAUCCUUGGGGUGCUGCAGCAGUAACAGGAGCUACUUCCUCUUCUCCGGUUUGGUCUGGAAGUUACCACUGUACAUCCUUACCAGUUAAGGUGGAGCCCGUCACUGCAACCUAUCUUAGUCUGGCUAGUAAUCAAUUAGCAUCAGAGACUGAUAAAGCAUCGCCUGGUGAAUUGAGAGAUCGACUCAACUUCCGUAGAAACAGGACUACGUUUAGUUCUGAACAACUAGAGCAAUUAGAAGCGGAAUUCGAGAAAACUCACUAUCCAUGCGUUAGCACUAGAGAACACCUUGCAGUUAAGACUAAUCUAUCUGAAGCCAGGGUCCAGCAGGUGUGGUUUUCUAACAGAAGAGCGAAGUGGAGACGACAUCAAAGGAUGACCAUGAAGAAUACAUUAAAUGAAACCGAGGUCUCGUCUCCAGAGCCCACUACCCCGGCUUCCAUCUCACCAGAACCUGCACUGCCUUCCAUUGAAGGUCCUAAGCCCAGUGAUAACGUGCCUUUGAUGGGUGGUGGAAACUCAGCUUUUUCUCCAGCUUCGUCGUCCUCUGAUCCGAUUCUUUUCACGACCUCUUUGCCAGAUGUGGAAUAAAUGUGCAUAUCUCUACAAUAAUUACCAUCAGGAAAAUAUGGUACUCAUAACACAACACACACACACACACUCUCUCUCAACCCCGUGUAUUUUGUAUGGGGUG